GCCGCAGUCCCGGCGGCUCCGGCGCGGCGCGGGAGCACUGUGGAGCGCAGAGCGCGGACCGGAGCGGGCAUGUCCCUGCGCACGGGAGUCCUCGUCGGCCGCUGGGCCCCGGGGGCUGCUAACUUGGCGGCGGGCUCCUGCGGCCCCGCCGCGGCCAUGUAGUCGCCGGCGGGGCUCCCUGCAGCCCGGGAGCGGCAGCGCGAGUGAGCCGGAGCCCAGCAGCCCGCGGCUUCCCCUCGAGGCGCUGAGCGCGCGUCGCGCCCCUCCGCCGCUCGGACGGCACUUUGGGUCCGAGAGGGAAAUGGGGGAGAAAGUUUCGGAGGCGCCGGAGCCGGUGCCCCGCGGCUGCAGCGGCCGCGGAGCCCGGACUCCCGCUCCUGCGCCUGUCGCCGCGUCGUCGCCGGGUCCUUCUCUGGCGGAGUCCUCCUCAGGCUCAGAAACUCUGUCGGAAGAAGGGGAGCCCGGCGGCUUCUCCCGCGGGCAGCAGCCGCAGCCGCAGCCGCCGCCGGGCGGCGCCCUGGACGUCCGCCUGGCCGCCGCGUGGGCUCCCGCGCGCGUGCUGCUCGAGCCCGGAGCCCCUGCGCCGCCGCCGCCGCCCCCCGAAGGAGCUGCGCCGCCGGCGCCCCGGGGCAGCAGCGCGUCCCAGGAGGAGCAGGACGAGGAGCUCGACCACAUACUGUCCCCUCCACCCAUGCCAUUUCGGAAAUGCAGCAACCCAGAUGUGGCUUCUGGCCCCGGAAAAUCGCUGAAGUAUAAAAGACAGCUGAGUGAGGAUGGGAGACAGCUGCGGCGAGGGAGUCUGGGAGGAGCCCUGACUGGGAGGUACCUCCUUCCAAACCCAGUGGCGGGACAGGCCUGGCCAGCCUCGGCGGAGACGUCCAACCUCGUGCGCAUGCGCAGCCAGGCCCUGGGCCAGUCAGCGCCCUCGCUCACGGCCACCCUGUUGGUGUUUGUGGAUGUGCACUGUGCGUGGGACAUUGCUCAGUCUGACUGA